AUGGGCAGCCAGGGGAGAGCAUCGACCUCCGGCUGGGCCAGAGCAGAGAGGGGCUCCGGGCUGGGUCAGCUGCCCCAUUUCCAGUGCAAUGAGAUAAUGAAGAGGCGCAAACGCCAGAAGGAAAGGCUGGGCCCGGGAACGUACGACAUCAGGGACUUUCUGCAGGAGCCCGGGCCCUCCAGCCUCCGGGGGAUCUGCGAUGCUGGGAAGCACCGGUUCAGGGAUGCCCGCGGGAAGAGCAGAGGUCCCAAGCCAAGCACUAGCACUGUCAAGGGUUUCCUGGACAAGCUGAUGCUGAAGGAGAACAAGAAGAAAGGCUGCUUCAGCACCCUGCCGAGGAACCCGAGCUGCCCCACGGAGAGGAUCUUCUGGGUCACGCUCAGCCAGUGCCCGAGGGAGGCGUAUGCAGUGGGGCCAGGCUCCUACAACCCAAAGCCUGUUGAGAGAUCACUGUACUCCAGCCAACCCCCAUUCUGGUCAUCUGCCAAGCGGUUCGACAGAAAGUUCUACCGCCUCUUGACUGGGAAUGAGGUGAAUCAAGCACAUGAGACCUUCUCCUUCCAGAACCCUGUAGGUGUCGGUUGCUACAACAUCACUGAGCAGGAAAAAUACCCUCAGAAGAUGAGAUACCAGUCCCUGUACCGGUGUGACGCGCAGGGGUACCUGAGCAACUUGAAGCGGGAUGCCCACUUGCUCGAGCGGCUCAAGCCUGUUGGUAAAAACAAUUGGUGUGAUUUGGUUUCUGCUCCCCACUGUCCAGAGAGCUCUGAAGGAAUCACUGCUGUUUUCCAAGCGUAA